CUCGGUAAUUUCAAAAACAGCUCUGCCUGAAGGGGGGGAUUGCGGUUGGAUCAGCAACAGGAGGCCAUGAUAGUACGUUCUGCAAUCUCAAUCCCACGACAACACUACAUCAUCGCUAAAUCUGAGGGCACAGUUGCCCAAGACAUGCCCGACAACGAUCUAUCUUCAAUCACCAUGAUCCAAAGAAACAAAACUCCAAUGUUCCCCAUCGAGUGGAUAAUUGCAGGUCAAUCAAGCAUCUACAACCUCAACAACUCCCCCGAACUCGCAGACCGCACCGCAGACACACAACCCCUAAAAGUCUCCCGCGAAAUCAUUCGAAGCUAGAAGAACAGAGGUAAGUAUUGGCUUCAUCCGGUCAUGAUGCGCUCACUUCAAGUAUCCGAAACAAACAAGCAGGGAUAGAAAGUCAACAAAAUAUGAUAUAAUGUAGAAUCUUUACCCG